UCGAAGCCGCCUCAUGCCGCGUCGCGCGCGCUGCUUGUUACGGCGUUUUUUAGGGGGGUGGCGCGGGACGCUCGCGACCCGAGUCUUUAGCUUAGCAUGUUAGCCCGCUAGUCCUCAAAACAAGCGCAAGCCUAUUAACCAGGAAGUGUCAACUUUUGUUUCUUACCGUAAUUUACACAGGGAUUUCUGAAUGAAUUAUCAGUCUCGAUGAUGAUAUUCUUAAGAGACCAGCGUGGGAAAACGCUCAUAUUAUUGUGCGUUAGCCCUGCGAGCUAAUUCUGUCAACAAAUGAAGUUGCUUGUUUUCUUAGCCGUUAGCCUGACCGCUAACUCACGACAUAGGCGCUUGGUUCUGCCCGUCUUAAACCUGCUCUAAAUUAUGAUGUUGCAUCCCUCCACUCCUCUGUUCUCAUCUCCUGUCCAUCCAUGGUAAGAGGCCAGCAGGACACGCCCCGUCUCCACGGCAACAGCAUGGAGGGACAGGCACCACCCCCCCAGCCCACCCAGCCUCGCAAAAAGAGACCCGAGGAUUUCCGAUUUGGCAAAAUAUUGGGAGAAGGCUCCUUCUCUACUGUUGUCUUAGCAAAGGAGCACUCGACGGGGAAAGAGUAUGCAAUUAAGAUCCUGGAAAAACGCCACAUAAUGAAGGAGAACAAAGCACAAUAUGUCAAGAGAGAAAGAGACAUCAUGUCACACCUGGAUCAUCCGUUCUUUGUCAAGCUCUACUUCACCUUUCAAGACGAGGAGAAGCUGUAUUUUGGAUUGAGCUACGCUAAAAAUGGCGAACUGCUGAAAUACAUUCGAAAAAUAGGCUCGUUUGACGAGACCUGCACACGUUUCUACUCUGCUGAGAUAGUUUGUGCUCUUGAAUACUUGCAUAAGAAGGGCAUCAUCCACAGAGAUCUGAAGCCGGAGAAUAUUCUGCUCAGUGAGGAGAUGCACAUUCAAAUAACAGACUUUGGCACGGCCAAACAGCUGUCCUCUGACAGCAAACAGGCAAGAGCAAACUCAUUUGUUGGUACGGCUCAGUACGUCUCUCCUGAAUUACUGACUGAGAAAUCUGCCUGCAAGAGUUCGGAUCUCUGGGCAUUAGGCUGCAUCAUCUACCAGCUUGUUGCUGGUUUGCCACCAUUCAGAGCUGGGAAUGAGUAUCUAAUAUUCCAGAAGAUUAUAAAACUCGAGUACGAGUUUCCUGAGAAAUUUUUCCCCAAAGCUAAAGACCUUGUGGAGCAGCUUCUGUCACUGGAUCCGUGCAAGCGGAUUGGCUGUGAGGAGAUGGGCGGCUACGGGCCGCUGAAGUCCCACCCUUUCUUUGAGACAGUUGGCUGGGAUGAUAUACAUCUGCAGACUCCACCCAAACUAACGGCAUAUCUGCCUGCCAUGUCUGAGGAUGAUGAGGACUGCUAUGGAAAUUAUGAUGAUCUCCUCAGCCAGUUCAGUUGUAUGCAGGUGGCACAGCCUGGCCACGCCCCUUUAGUUCCCUUCACAGGAGAGACAAGUCAGCCUACAUAUAACCCCUCCCCUAGUGUGGAUCAGUUUAUACAUAUUCAUGAGCUGGACAGUAAUUGCAUGGAGCUCGACCUACAGUACAGCGAAGAGGAGAAACGCAUCCUACUGGACAAGCAGGGUGCUGCAAACCCAUGGCACCAGUUUGUGGAGAAUAACCUCAUCUUAAAAAUGGGCCCAGUGGACAAACGCAAAGGUCUGUUUGCACGGCGGAGGCAGUUGCUACUGACUGAAGGUCCUCACUUGUACUAUGUGGAUCCGGUCAAUAAAGUUCUGAAAGGGGAGAUUCCUUGGUCACCUGAACUACGGCCUGAAGCGAAGAACUUUAAAACCUUCUUUGUUCACACGCCAAACCGGACGUACUAUCUAAUGGAUCCAAGUGGCAACGCUGACAAAUGGUGUAAGAAAAUCCAGGAAGUCUGGAGGAAGAUCUACCACAAACACCAGAGCCCCAGCCUAUAGGACUACAGCGCCUCCCCCCUCCUUUGGCCACACCCCCCACAGCCCUCCAGCCAAUCACAGGACAGGGACACGCCCCUGUAGAGACAUCUCUCUCCAGCUAUAUUUUGUCUUUCUGUCUCUUCAUAUAUCAGUCCUGUCACUCCAGGCACUUUCUCUGUUCGGAUUCAGUUGUUUCGCGCGCUGAGGGUGGAGUCUUUACAACCAAAAGCAGCAAGGCCGUAGUCAGCAUGUCGUGUCGUGCAAGCAAGCCAUAGAAAAUCACACGUUUAGACGAUCACGCAAGUCUUUCCAUCGAUUUCAACCGAUGCAGGUAACGAACACUCAGAACCAUGCAAUCUCCACCUGUCUGUUGCGGAACAAGUACACACGUUGUACUUUUUUCUCGCUCGACGCUCACACACACUCAGCUCCUUCCCUUCAGAUAUCUAAAUGGGAGCGUGUUGCUUAAGUCUGCAUUUAGAGUUAAGGCGGGUCCUUUUACCCUUAUUGGCUACAGUAGCUGGUCUUGCUGAUUCCCAUUGGAGGAUGUGGUGUCGAACGCCUCAGCAUAUUCACGUUACCUUCAAAUCGCAGGAGACGGCACCACACCGCCACAAAAGCCACAUGGGUAAUGUGGUUUGAGAGGAUAAUUUGUCGCCCCUUUGGCCCCCAUGCUAAAAGCACGACUGAGUUUAGUUGUUUUCCUUUAAAGUGCGUGCAUUGUAACGGUAUGCAUUGCUGAUUGGAGGCUUGUGACGGAGGGGCAAUCUGAUCGUGUGCGUGCAUGCGCGAUUGUCUCCUCUCAUUUGGCCGUUUUUAACAGGAAGUCCGUGGAGUGAGUGAGACGACAGACUGAGUGUGUGCGUGCAUGCGUCUUCCUGAUCGGUAACAGAUGACUGUGAUGUACAGUUGAUGUAAUAUUGCAAAUGGGAGGUGAGUAAAGAGGUGACUCUAGGAUCCAGGUUUUGUAUUUUUAUUCUUGUAUAAGGUUAUUGGGCCGCUCCGUUCUGGCCUGGCUUCUCUGUGUUAUUUAAAUUCUAAUAUAUGAAAGCAUAUUUGGAUUGAAGUCAUGUUCCAGGGCCUUGCUGUGUAUGUAUUGAAAAUGUAAAGCCUUUGAAUGUGAAGAAUUAUUGUAAACUAUGAUAUUUUACUGCUUUUGUUUUCUUACUAUAUCAUAUACAUUUUCUAUUUGCGCAGUGAUUGGCUCAUUUCUGAUAAUUUAAUGCCUGUAUGCGCACGGCCCCGCUUGUCUGUGUGUGUGUGUGAUACUGUGUGUGUGUGAGUGUGUGUGGGUGGGUGGGGCCCUUGUAGGCAAUGUGUGUAUUCUUCUUGUCGGCCUUUUGCGCUCGGCAAAACCUAGAACUGAAAUAAAGCAUGUAGGGUUUUAGGCCAACAA